AAAAGUCAUAACUCAUAACCUCAAAAUAUAGACUGAAUACACAGCAAAAAAUUUCUUGUCAAAAGUCAAUUUGUGUUGAUUUUGUUUGUUAAAUAUUACUUUUUAUUAUAAAUAUAAUAAAAAAGUAAUUGAAUAAAUAAUUAAAUAUGCCAGAGAGUACUAAAGUUGAGACCAAAGUGGUCAAAGAAGUGAAGCCUGCAAAAGAAGAAGAAAAAAAUGAUUUGUCCGAAGAGGAUAAACUUCUUCAGGAAGAACUUGAUGGUUUGGUAGAACGUUUACAAGAUCCAGAUCGUAGUCAACAUUUACAAUCACUUGAAUCAUUGAGAUCACAAAUACGUGCAUCAACAACAUCAAUGACAAGUGUACCAAAACCAUUGAAAUUCAUGAGACCCCAUUAUGAUACAAUGAAAAAAAUAUAUGAUAAUCUUGAUGAUAAAUUAUCACGUGAAUUAUGUGCUGAUAUAUUAUCUGUAUUGGCAAUGGCUAUGGGUGAAGGACGUGAAUGUUUAAAAUAUCGUUUAAUUGGUUCAACAUCAGAACUUGGUGAAUGGGGACAUGAAUAUGUACGUCAUUUAUCUGGUGAAUUAACAGCUGAAUGGGAUGAUGUAUCAAAUGGUGAUGAUGCUGAUAAACGUAUUAAUGAAUUAAUAAUACUUGUACAUGAAAUAGUACCUUAUAAUAUGGCACAUAAUGCUGAAACAGAAGCAUGUGAUUUAUUAAUGGAAAUUGAAAGACUUGAUUUACUUGAAAAAUAUGUUGAUGAAGGUGCAUAUCAACGUGUUUGUCUUUAUUUAACAAGUAAUGUACCAUAUGUUGCUGAUCCAGAAAAUAGUACAUUAUUACGUACAGCAUGGAAACUGUAUACAAAAUUUGAUCAAUAUCCACAAGCAUUACGUGUUGCAAUGCAAUUAAAUGAUUUAAAUUUAAUAAAUUCAAUAUUUACAACUUGUGAUGAUUUAUUAAUACGUAAACAAUUAGCAUUUAUGCUUGCACGUCAACAUAUAUUUAUUGAAUUACCAGAAUCAGAAAUUGGAUAUGAUGUAUUAAAUGAAAUAAUGGCAAAUUCACAUUUGAGUAAUCAAUUUUUAAAUUUAGCACGUGAACUUGAUAUUAUGGAACCAAAAACACCAGAGGAUGUUUAUAAAUCACAUUUAGAAAAUUCAAGACCAUCAUUUAGCGGUGGACAAGUUGAUUCAGCACGUCAAAAUUUAGCUGCUAGUUUUGUCAAUGGUUUUGUUAAUGCUGGUUUUGGUAAUGAUAAAUUAGUUGUUCAUGAUGGUAAUAAAUGGUUAUAUAAAAAUAAAGAACAUGGUAUGAUAAGUGCAACAGCAUCACUUGGUCUUGUAUUAUUAUGGGAUGUUGAUGGUGGUUUAACACCAAUUGAUAAAUAUUUAUAUGCAUCUGAAGAUUAUAUUAAAUCAGGUGCAUUAUUAGCAUGUGGUAUUGUUAGUAAUGGUAUUAAAAAUGAUUGUGAUCCAGCAUUAGCAUUAUUAUCUGAUUAUGCAUUACAUAAUAAUAAUGCUGUUAGAGUUGGUUCUGUACUUGGUCUUGGUUUUGCAUAUGCUGGUACAAAUCGUGAUGAUGUAUUGAGUUUACUUGCACCAGUAUUAACUGAUCCAAAAUCAAAUUGGGAAGUUAUUGGUCUUGCUGGUUUAUCACUUGGUAUGGUUGCUGUUGGUUCAUGUAAUGCAUUUGUAACAACAACAAUAAUGCAAUGUCUUAUGGAAAAAACUGAAAUUGAACUUAAAGAUACAUAUGCUAGAUUUUUACCACUUGGUUUGGCAUUAUGUUUUUUGGGUAAACAAGAAGCUGCUGAAACAAUUAUUGCUGCACUUGAAAUUAUACCAGAACCAUUUAGAUCAAUGUCAACAACACUUAUUGAAGUUUGUGCAUAUGCUGGUACUGGUAAUGUAUUAAAAAUUCAACAUUUAUUACAUAUUUGUUCAGAACAUUAUGAAGCUAAUAAUGAAAAAGAUGAAAAAAAUGAUCGUAAUAAUAAAAAAGAUGAUAAAAAAGAUAAUCAAGACAAGGUAAAUUUAAUUUAAUUUAUAUAAUUUAUUUAUUUUAUUUAAUUUGUAAUUUAAUUGUUUUUUUUUUUUUUCAAUUCAAGGAAAAAGAAAAAGAUAAUAAAAAAGAUGAUAAAGAUACAAAUAAAAAAGAAAAAGACUUGAAAUAUCAAUAUCAUUAUUAUGGAUACAUUAUCUAAAUUUUCACAUAUAUUUGGUAUGCUAAUGCUAUUCGUUGCUGCAAUGUUACGUCAAUUAGCACAAUUUCAUGCUAAAGAUCCAAAUAAUUUAUUCAUGGUUAGAAUUGCACAAGGUUUAACACAUCUUGGUAAAGGUACACUUACAUUAUCACCAUAUCACAGUGAGAGACAAUUAUUAAGUCCAGUUGCACUUGCUGGUAUAUUAGCAACAAUUGUUGGUUUUCUUGAUGUUAAAAAUAUUAUUCUUGGAAGAUCACAUUAUCUUCUGUACGCAUUGGCAAUAGCAAUGAAACCAAGAAUGUUGGUUACAUUUGAUGAAGAUUUACAACCAUUACCAGUACCAGUUAGAGUUGGUAUUGCUGUUGAUGUUGUUGGUCAAGCUGGUAAACCCAAAACAAUAACUGGCUUUCAAACUCACACAACACCUGUUCUUCUUGCUCAUGGUGAACGUGCUGAACUUGCUACUGAGGAAUACAUACCAGUCUCUCCCAUCAUGGAAAGUUUUGUUAUACUCAAAAAAAAUCCAGACUUCACUCCUUAAAAAAUUUCUUUAUCUAAUUUUUUUUUUUUUAAUUUUAUUAAUCUUACAAAAUGUCUCCAUCAUCGUCAUACUUUAUACACAAUUAAUUGAUAAUAAUAAAAAAAAAAAAAAUUAA